CCUGCACGCGCAAACAUGAGACAUUGCCGGUUAGCAGGAAGAUGUCCUAGGCGUAUUCUGGUGGCUCCAGGAUGUGCACCGCAUCCCACGAAUAUUAUUUGUUUGUCACCUAACGCUGGACCAUUACGGUCCAGCGUUCGCCUAAACACGGGACGGCAUGAGUGUAAUCUCUAUAUUUUGCCGCCACCGCUAGAGGCGCUGGAGUGCCUCGGCGUCGACGACCGUGCAGAGCCGGGGCCCCCCUCAGCGAUGCGGCGGCGUUCCCCGGCGGUGCCCUCUGCGCUGCUGCUGCUCGCGCACCUCUUGACCCCCGCUGAGCCCCGAAACUACACAUGGCCCAUAAAGCGAGCAGCGAAGAUCGACGGUGACGUCGUGCUUGGUGCCCUCAUGAUGGUGCAUGAGCGCGAGGACAAACUCACGUGCGGACCUAUCAUGCCACAAGGUGGCGUCCAGGCGCUCGAGUGUCUCCUCUUUACGUUGGACUGGGUCAACAAUAACAAGGAUUUCCUGCCAGGGAUUUCACUUGGCACUUAUGUGCUCGAUGAUUGCGAUAAGGACACGUACGGCCUCGAGCAGGCGGUCGACUUCAUCAAAGGUUCCAUCGGUAACAUCGGCGACGGCACGUACCGCUGCCCCGAUGGUUCUAGUCCCCGUCACGAGAAGCAGGCCGUCAUAUCUGGCGUCCUCGGCGCUGCUUCCUCGGUCACUUCCAUUCAGGUGGCCAAUCUUCUGCGCCUAUUCAAGAUACCGCAAGUGAGCUAUUUUUCAACGAGCCCCGAGCUGAGCAACAAACAGAGAUUCGAGUAUUUCCUGCGCACAGUGCCUUCCGACAAGAAUCAAGCGCACGCCAUGGUGGAAAUCAUCAAAUUGCUCAAGUGGACCUACGUGUCUAUCCUAUACGAGGAGUCAAACUACGGCCUCAAGGCCUUCAACGAGCUGGAAGACCAACUGAAGCGUGAAAACAUUUGCAUUGCCAUCAAAGAGAAGCUGACCAAGGAUUCUGGCGUGGCAGCUGAGGGCUCUUAUGAUGCCAUCAUUAUCAAGCUCCUGUCCAAGCAGAGAGCACGAGGUGUCAUCGUCUUCGGGUCCGACCAAGAAGUUGCGGGCGUCAUGCGAGCUGUCCGCCGCAACAACGCCACGGGUCACUUUGCCUGGAUCGGAAGCGACGGUUGGAGCGCCCGCUCUUUGGUCUUCAACGGCAACGAAGCCCAGGUGGAAGGGACACUCUCCGUUCAGCCUCGUGCGCGCCCCGUGCCAGGGUUCCAGGAAUAUUUUCUCAGCCUCACCGUUGCCAACAAUGACCGAAACCCGUGGUUCACGGAAUUCUGGGAAGACUAUUUCCAGUGCCGGUGGCCGAACAGCCUUCCCACCCCCUACAACGGCAAGUACGACCGUCCGUGCACCGGCGACGAGAGGCUCUCCAAGCGGAACGGCUUCGAGAUGGAGCGUCAGCUGCAGUUCGUCAGCGACGCCGUACUUGCCUUCGCGUACGCUCUUCGAGAUAUGCACAAAGCGGUGUGCGGACCAAAGUACAUCGGCCUCUGCAAGGACAUGAUCCCAGUGCACGGGGCGAAGCUGCUACCCUUUCUGCAGAACGUCAAGUUUACAGGCCUGACGAAUGACUCGUUCCAGUUCUCGAAGCAGGGUGAUGGUCCUGCCCGCUACAACAUCCUCCACUUUAAGCAAGUGCGCCAGGGCGAUUAUCGAUGGGAACAAGUCGGAGAUUAUCGCGAAGGCAUCUUGAGGCUAAAUAUGUCUCAACUGCAGUUCCAGCUAGGAUCCCCAUCGUGGCCCGCGUCUGCUUGCAGCGCCCCCUGUCCCAGAGGAUGGGCCAAGAAUUUGGUGGAAGGGGAAACCUGCUGUUGGCAUUGUAAUCCUUGUGCACGAUAUCAGUAUCUCGCUUCGGAAACCCACUGCGAGGAAUGUCCUGCCGGGACCCUACCCACUAGCGACCAAGAAGGCUGUUUGCCCAUCCCCGAAGUGGCCAUGAGCCCCGCUUCCCCUUGGGCCACAGGUGCGAUGGCCUUCUCCACCGCCGGUAUCGCCGCUACGCUCGCCGUAGCCGCAGUGUUUCUCCGUCAUAACGACACCCCCGUGGUCCGAGCGUCGAGCCGUGAACUGAGCUACGUUCUUCUGGGUGGUAUACUUCUUUGUUACGCCAUGACUUUCGUCCUGGUGCAAAGACCAUCGACCAUUGUGUGCGGCGCACAGAAGGCCGGGCUCGGUCUCUGUUUCGCCGUCGUCUACUCGGCGAUCCUCACCAAGAACAACCGAAUCGCGCGGAUUUUCCGCGCGGGUCGUCGUAGCGCCCGGAGACCAGGCUGCAUCUCGCCCAGGUCUCAGCUUCUAAUCUGUGGCGCUUUGGUGAGCGUGCAAGGGUUAGUGACUGCAGCGUGGCUGGUGGUGCGUCCACCACGAGCUAUCUACUACCAUCCCACGCGCGAGGAGAACAUGCUGGUGUGUCACUCGAGCUACGGACCCGCAUUCGGGUACCCGUUGUGCCUGGUCGCUGUGUGCACGUUGUACGCCGUGCUGACCAGGAAGAUUCCAGAGGCCUUCAACGAGUCCAAGUACAUCGGCUUCGCAAUGUACACGACUUGCGUCAUCUGGUUGGCGUUCUUGCCCAUCUACCUGACCACGUGGAAGCACGUGGUGUUGAACUUGACGAGUACGGCGGUGGCCGUCAGCCUCAGUGCGAGUGUCACUCUGGCAUGCCUCUUUGUGCCCAAGUUGUAUAUAAUUCUGCUGCAUCCCGAAAAGAACGUUAGGAGUUCCAUGAUGCCCAAGUAUGGGACACUCAAGGCGACUGCAACCAAUAGGGUAGAGUCGGCCACACAAUCCGAUGUGGACUACGAAAUGAGUGACAAACAGCGCUCAGCCUGUUCCCUGGUAUCCAACAACAGCAAGGCAAGCUGCGGCACACAGACCGACGGCCAAGAUACCCUAUGGGACAAAGACGUCCAACUGUGAAGAUGGCCUCGACGGGCUCACCGGCACAUAUCAAUGGCGGCACAGAAUGGCAGCGGCGGACACAUCUGCUACUCUGGACAGUUUGCUCGACGUUUCUCUGGUGAUGCGAAACGUUUUUUUACGGAUAUUUCUCUCAUCAAUUUCAUCAGUCAUUUUAGAACCGAUUGGAGCGCUAUUUUUAGCCACAUCAGUGGCGCCUCUUUGCUCCUUGCGUUAUUAAUCCAUCGAGGUGCAAUAACGAUAGAGAACACCGCCAAAUGGUACCCCACGCAAAAACUUCGGGAGGGAAGUAGAGCUACGUCACCUUACAAUUUGCUACUCGUAUAUUCCCCAGCAACCGUUCUUAGGUUCAACACCUCUAUUCUUGGGUACUCUAUAUGCCCCUAAGUUUCCAAUCUUAUUGGUGAAUAAAAUUUCCAAUUUUGAUUUGCUGAGGUGUUAGGAGUUUGCGGGGAACAUGGUUUACUUUACUUUGUUGACAAAUCUGAAAAGACGGUACUGUUGUCCCGAAAGAAGAAGAAGAAGAAAAAAAAACGACGGCUAUUCUACUGCCUCAUUCGUGUGGCUAAACGCAUUCGUUUAGGGAGUUUGCGUGUGUUGCGGUGGGUUUUCUUUUGACAGUAAGAGAAACCAAGACCCCAAGGUACAGAGACGUUAGGGAUGCGUCUACGUGCUGCACGUGCACAGCAGUUAGCUCGCGUUCUUUACUUUAUUGUACUUUGUUCGUCAUAAAGCGAAAAAGAGAUUUUUUCUUUUUAUUUUGAAUUCUUUUUGAAUUUUUGUUCGUCAUGUCUGAUCUGCGAGUAAGAUUUGAGCAAGCCUCCCGUUCCUUACACUCGUUCGGUUGACACUGUUAUAAAAGGCGUAUAAUUGCUAUUAUUUACGCUUAUUUUCCGCUUAUCUCACGUCCAGACUGUAAUUAUAUUACCGCAUGUAAAGAAAAAGUAUCCUUCCACAAAGUUCGUAAGUAAUACAACGACCCUUGAGCCAAAAAAGAAAAAAAAAACAUCUCUUGUUAACAAGGGCAAAAUCAAGAUCAUCUGAAGGUGGCGUACUUGAGCAAGCUGUCUUUAGCGUCGCGAUUAACCAGCCCACUGACAGUGUCUUUGCUGCUCGAAAUGGGUAGCUUGAGUUUUCACGUACGCCAAGUACUCCCGUCUGACUAGAGUAAUGUUAUAAGGCUUGGUACUUGGCUCAGUGAUUGUAUCUUUUUCAAGUACGUUUUGUGUGUCCGCCGCUGCUCCGUUCCACGAAAGCAGCCCAAAGACUGUUCUUUUACUCUUUCUACAGAAAUCUAUAUUCCAUAUACAUUACUUGAUCGAUAACAGCCAUCCUGUUUCAUCGUUGGUGCAAAUAUACGAGUGAAUAAAGUUGUUGCUUUUUCCA